AGACUGGAAUGACUGUGAGAGACGCUCUCAGAGACGCUGAAAGACUUUGAGAGACUGAAAAUUUUUGUCUAAGGAAAUUGCUAAACGAAUUUUACAUUAUAUGCUCUACCUGUGUAUUUAUGAAAAAAAUGUAAUUUUAUUGUAACGUUUCUUGACCUACACGAUUUCAGAUGGGAAUUUUAUUUAUUUCAUUAAUUAUGCCUAUGUAUUAUGUAUAUGUGUUACCUAUGUAUGUAUAAAUAUAAAUUUUUAAAAAACAAAAAUAAGCACGUAUUUAUUUAACGAAUUGUACAUGACACGCGGCUCUUCCGCUCAGUGUGAACGCAUUUUAAAUAUUCUUAAACGAUACUUCGGAUAACUAUUACCAAUUUGUAAUGUGUUUUAAUGUAUUUUUUUUCUUGUAGUAGCGUAUCGAGGAUGCAGUAGAAGACAACAUUUUCCAGACGCUAAUGGACGAUAUCGAUGUCAUAGAUGUAACAAUUCUUAUAAGCAAUCAACGCAUUUAGUAAGGCAUUUGAAUUACGAAUGUGGCGUCGAACCGAAAUUUACUUGCAACUUGUGCUACAGAAAAUUCAAACAACGUUGCAAUUACAAAACCCAUAUGAAGUUGGUGCACAUGAUAUACGAAGAUUGUCAGGAAAAUAAGCAAAAUAUUAUGAAGACAUUACGGCAUCAUAAAUAAAUAAAUUACUUUGUGAUAUUGAAAAGUUCUUUACACAACGUAGUGCAUCAUUUUUAGAAUUUUUAUGAUUUGUUAGUAUUAGUUUCUUUAUUGUAAUUUGUGAGUAGAAUAUAGACGUACUUGUUUUUUUUUUUUUUAAUAUAUUUUGUUUGAAAUAUACUCGAGCGAUAUAAUUUGCUCGUAGGUACAUUCCUGCUAUCUAGAAGAAUUAGGUAACGGAAUUAUUUUGAAACCUAAAAGGAGAUGGUUAUAUUCAAGCAUAAAAUAUGUAUUGUGUUGUGUUAAUUGAGACCUGUAAGCUAUAAAAAAUUCGUAGAGUUGUCUAGGUGGUGGAAAUAUGUAUGUACAUAAAUAGAACGCCAAAGUAAUUUUCACCCUGUUAUUAGAAUACGUAUUACAAGACGACUAGAGAUAUGAGCAAACGCUUGAAGGGGAUGAUUCUGUCGAAAAGUGUCGAGAAUAAAUAAGAACGAAAAAAAAUGCAAAAGUCGCCGUGUUCAGUUCAAUUCAGUUACAAUUGCAUAACUGUGUGUGAUUUCAACUCCUAUCUUUAGUCUCUUGACGUAUUUAUUCACAUUAUUUGAUAGUAGUAGUUCCGAGUCUGACAUUUGUAAAAUUUCAGCUCAAGAUCUAAGUAUGCGUGGCCUUUGGGGCGGUUGGCCGGCUCAUAUGGCAUUGCCCUUGUUAUUGAUGCGCGAGAGUAUGAAAAGUACAUUAACGCACACGUCAACCGACGGGGUUGAUUUAUCAAUGAAAUCGCCAAAAUUAGCCCGUAGCACAUCGUCGGAUAAUAACUCUCCAGGAUUCGAUUGUCAAGAUUGCGGACGUAUUUACAAGUUGAAAAGCUCAUUAAGAAACCACCAAAAGUGGGAGUGCGGCAAAGAACCGCAAUUCAAAUGUCCUUGUUGUCCUUAUAGGGCUAAACAAAAGAUGCACAUGGCUAGACACAUGGAGAGAAUGCAUAGGCCUCCUGAUAGUCCAAUUGUUAAAGUUGAAAUCGGGAAUGAAAAUGUCGAAACCGAAAGUGGAGAUAUGGAUUAACCGCGCGAAAUUCUACAAUGAAUGAUUAUUAAAUCUGAAAUAAAGAAAUUAAAAAAAAAAAAAACAAUAGUUUUUGUAGAUUAUCUACAUGCAUUAGCCAAUAUUUGAAGUGAAACUUUUAUAAAGGAACGACGCGACGUCAAUUAAGUGUCUC